GCCGAAAGGGGCGCAGCCUUUUCACAGCGGCAACACCGAUAAGUAAAGCUGGUCUCACAAAAAGGCGCGAUAGCCACUGUUCGCCAUUCAAAGCCUAACCUGUUCGUCGCCAAAAACAUUCAUCUUCUCAUUGUACACACUCACCGCCUUGGCCAAAGAGUAACGCUGACGACAAUUCUACAUUGUUGAAUAUCCCUUUUAAAAAAUUUCCCGGCCCGCUCCAUGUCGCUGCUCAUCAUGUCGACCGAUAACCCCUCUGCCUUGGACAAAUUAUCACCGUCGUGGAUCCGUCGCCCACUCUCGCGGCGUUCAACGUCACCACAAAAAAGCAUGAGCCCAACAACAGCAAACGGUUUUCUGGCGCCAGAGCCAACACGAAGUAACAGCGACGAAUCUCGCUCGCCACGCUCAAGCACUUCUAGUCGCCGUGGUUCAGUACGCGAAAUAGUCAGCAGACUCCGCUCCUCGUCAAGCACCAGCAUGGCCAGCAGCAAAUCACGGGACAUUGACUUUAACGAGGUAGAAAAUUGGUUUCAUGGCUUCCGAAAGUACAAUCAGCUCGUCUGUAACACCAUCUCGCCAAACCAGGCGUACCCAUCGAAAGAAUUCACAAAGGCAUCUAAAGCCUUGUCCAAAAACUGUGGUGGCCAGUUUAUUCACGGCUUACCCGAGGCUGUAUUCGAUUUCUCAUUAUUAUGGUGUCCUGCAGGUCACUUGACUCGAAAAGAUACGGACGAACCAAGCUGGAGUUGGUCUGCAUUCAGCGGCCCAGUGAAUUUCCCCUUUGACCCUACUACCUGUCCAGACGUCUACAAGACGCCGCGUGGCGAGGGCGAGUGGUUUCGCUCCGAAGUCUUGAACUACCACAUUGGACCCGAAUUCGCACAGUAUACCAUACGACGCGAAAAGGGCAGCAGCUCGCUCCGCAUCAAAUACCCACCUUAUUUUCACGCCCCACGCGGCUCAGAUCACAAGACAAAUUCCAACACUUUGCGCUUUGCCGCAUCGACAAUUUCCGCGGAUGGCUUUAGUGCAGAACAACUCGACCACGAGGGCAAGCAAAUUCCCUGUUCGCACCUCAUAAACGAAGACGACCAGCACUGCGGUGUAAUUAUGGACUACGAAUCUUCUAUUUCCCAACCAUCGUCCACAGGGCCCUACGAAUUCAUCCUGCUCUCGCGCAACCUAUGGCGCAAACCGUGUCCUGAGAACCGCAAACCAGCUGGUCUCAAUACCAUGCAUCCGCCUGGUACGCCCAUCUGGGCUGAAGACCAUUUCUUGUGGGACAAGGAGGUCGACGAUUUUGCGGCUGAGCAGUUUGAAGCUGGGCCUUGGAAAAUGCUCAAUGUUAUGUUGAUCAAAUGGGUGGGUGAGCAUGCUGAGCGGGUGGCUGUGGCGAGGAUACACGAGGACGCGUGGACUCGGCGGAGCCCAGUCAAGAAGGACAUUGUGCUCCGGUAAAGAUUUCCUUUUCGUUUUCAUUUUCUUUUGUAUGCUCUGUUUUGUAAAUGGGGCGUUUUGUGUUCUUCUGCUUAAAUAAAACCUGACGAUACCCCUCUCUAUAAGCUUGAAAAUUAAUCAUACUAUUCUGUUACUGGGCAAUGCACAUAAUCACAUCGAAUGAAGUGCUACAAGAACAGAGUACUUUCUACUUAAU